AUGAUUGUCACCUGCUUUCGCAGCUAUCAUGUCAUCGCAAUGGCAGUCAAGGCUCAAUUUGCUUUGACUAUCUCACCUACCGCGCGGCGCUACCUCGCCCCCUCCCCCGGCCAUGAGGUCAGCCACGACGUUAUGACUUUUAAGGGUGGGCCACGACGCUGUCCUGCACAGUGGAUGGUCACCACCGAGGCUUCUUACAUGUUGGCUCGCUUUGCACAGGUCUAUCGACGUAUUGAACCUCGCGAUCCAGCUCCAUACACUGCAGUUAUGCGAAUUGGUCCCUCCAACAAGACUGGGGUGCAGAUUGCGCUUUAUAAAUGA